CUCUGUUCAUCAGCUUCAACACAUUUCUCAUUCACUUACACACUCGACCACUUCCUCAUCUUCAAUAUGCCACCCAAGUCUACCACCGGAGGCAAGGCCCCUUCCAGCCAGGCCGGCAAGGCACCUGCCUCGGCCACCAAAACCACUGAAGCCGCCAAGAAGACCAGCAAGACCACUGGCAAGGACGCUGCGAAGAAGCGCAGCAACAAGGCACGCAAGGAGACUUACAGCACUUACAUCUACCGUGUCCUCAAGCAAGUGCACCCGGACACUGGUAUCUCCAACAAGGCAAUGGCAAUUCUCAACUCAUUUGUCGGUGACAUCUUUGAGCGCAUUGCAAGUGAGGCUUCCAAGCUCGCUUCGUACAACAAGAAGAGCACCAUCAGCUCGCGCGAGAUCCAGACUGCCGUCCGUCUGAUCCUGCCCGGUGAAUUGUCUAAGCACGCUAUCAGCGAAGGCACUAAGUCAGUCACCAAGUUCUCGUCGUCCAAGUGAUUGGACGGUCUGCAUCUGCGCAUCUUCUGUAAUUUUACUCUUGUAACCAUACGAUGUCAAGUUAUU